AUGAUUGCAUGGCUAUAUGAAGAAAAAGGCGCAUCCGCGUUUUUUUUUUCUUUGACUACCAAUUACCGUGUUUGCUGUAUAAAAUUUUUUGUUAAGCACAUUGAAAAAGUUGUGCCAUUUUCUCGUGACGAACGCCUUGGAUGGCUCACAUUCUGUCCAACAAAUCUGGGUUCAACAGUGCGUGCUUCUGUUCAUAUCAAACUGCCGAAAUUAAUGGCCAGAAUGAGCGAGUUUAAGGCUAUGUGCGAUAAAUUGAAUUUACAAAUACGUGGGGUACAUGGAGAGCACUCAGAGUCAGAAGAAGGAGUUUAUGACAUCUCAAAUAAGGCUCGUCUUGGUAUUUCCGAGUAUCAAGCUGUGAAACAGAUGUAUGAUGGUGUGAAAGAGCUCAUCAAAGCAGAAGAAAAAUUAUAA